AAAAUUACAGCCCUAGUGAAUGCGUGUCGACUUGUACUGUCAAUUGAUUGACGUGACUUUUGUUUGGAAUUUGUAUGAAUUGAGUUAAAAAUAUUAAAAUCAUAAAUAAUGGAUAAAUUAAGUGAAAGUGCUCCCGAAAAUACUACUUCCACGGUAUCCGAGAUGAGUAUGACUUCAAUAGUUCUCGCUGCACUUUUGGGCUUUAUUGUCAUGGCAAUUAUAUUACUACUACGUAGGCGCUCAUUAGGACGGCGAGAUUUCCUCUUGACAGGACUGAGUGAAUCUGGAAAGACAGCGAUCUUUAUGCAAUUGAUGCAUAAAAAAUUUCCAAGUACUUUCAUCUCCAUUACAGAAAAUGUUGGCGAAUAUUGUUCCGGUCGGUUGUCCGGUCGUCUUGUAGACAUUCCUGGACAUUAUAGAGUGAGGGAUAAGUCAUUUAAUCAAUACAAACGCACAGCUAAAGGCAUAAUAUUUGUUGUUGAUUCUGCAACAGUUCAAAAAGAAAUACGCGACGUGGCUGAUGCACUACAUGGCAUAUUAGCGGAUGCUGCUACCCAGUCCUGUCCGAUUCUUAUACUUUGUAACAAACAAGAUUUGAGUACGACGAAAGGAGCGCAAGUAAUAAAGAGCAUACUGGAAAAGGAAAUGAACAUCGUACGCAUUACACGCAGUCGGAAGCUGGAGUCCGUUAUAGAGGAAAGUGACUCGAAAACUGUGUUUUUAGGUAAAGAAGGCAAAGACUUUGAGUUCUCUCACCUCCACCAAAAUGUACAAUUCUAUGAAUGCUCCGCUAAAGAAAACCAAUUAAGUAAUUUGAGCGAUUGGAUCGAUAGAAUGCUUUGAAAGAGGCAUAAACUUAAAGCGGGUUUUGAUAUUAUUAUCUAAAAUAAGUAAAUCAAUCACAUUUUCGAUAUACACAGUCUACGCAAAUGUUGUCGAUUAUAUUUACUAGAAGAUAUAAAGCAUUUUUUAAUAUUUUAAUUUGUAUUUCAUAUGCGUUAGAUUUGCUGGCAUGCGCUUCGGGCCAUUUUGUUAAAAUACUUUUCUGAUAAUCUAGUAU